AUGACCGUGGCGGCGCUCGUUCUGGCCGCCGUGGCCGUGGUCGCCGCUGCCGACGCGCAGAGCUAUCCACCGCCAGACGUGUACAGCCUCCAUGUGGUGAGCCACGUGCGGAACCGGUACGCCAAGACAGUGGUGACCAGCAGGGUGGCCAACACCGCCAACGUGUCCAGAGAAAUCAGCUUCGACGCCGUCCUGCCGGAGACUGCCUUCGUAUCGGGAUUCGUCAUAGAGAUGGACGGCAAGGCGUACGAGGCGUACGUGAAGGGGAAGGAGGAGGCGCGCGAGGAGUACCAGCAGGCCGUGCAGGCCGGCCAGGGCGCCGCGCACGUGCAGCUCAGUGCGAGAGAUUCAAACGUGGUGUCCGUGUCGGUUAACGUGGAAGCACAGAAGAAGGUGACCUUCAACUUGACGUACGAGGAGCUGCUGCAGAGGGAACUGGGCGCUUACCACCUACGCAUCAACCUUAAUCCCGGACAGAUCGUGAACGAUUUAUUGGUGGAAGUGCACAUCAACGAGACGAGCGAUAUCACUCUGCUUGAAGUCCCCAGCUUGCAGCAGAGAAACGACGUCUCAGAGGAAGAGAAUUCUACUAACCCUCUGGCGCACAUGGAGAGGCCUUCGGCCACGACAGCCGAGGUGCGGUGGUCUCCCAGCAGGGAGGAGCAGGCGGCGCUGAGGGCGGAGGGCGUGCAGGGACAGCUGCUGGUGCGCUACGACGUCGACCACGCCGCCAGCCCCAACCAGAUACUCGUGACUGAUGACGGAUACUUCGUGCACUUCUACUCACCACCAGACCUGCCACCGCUGGAAAAGUACAUCGUGUUCGUGCUGGACGUGAGCGGCUCCAUGAGCGGUCACAAGAUAGAGCAGCUGAGGCAGGCCAUGGUCUCCAUCCUUGAUGAGCUGAGUGCAACCGACAACUUCACGCUCAUCGUAUUCUCCUCUGGUUCAUAUGAGACUUAUGAAAGAGUGCAAAAAAAGACUGAUGACAAGAUGAAGUUGUCUCCAACAGGAACAGCGAUGCACGCAGCGCUGGACAUAGCACUGCGCGUAUCCAAGGCGGCCAGAUCGCGUCAAGACAUGCCACUUGUGAUGGUGCUGCUGACGGAUGGACUGCCCAAUGGGGCGCCAGAAGAAAUCUUGCAGGACUACACCGCGGCCAACGUGGAGCGGGGAGCAGCACUGUUUACGUUGGCGUUCGGUGAAGAUGCGGACUUCACGUUCCUCAGGAGGUUAGCGUUGCGCAACGGAGGCUUCGGCAGGCGCAUCUACGAGGCGGCGGACGCCCACCUGCAGCUGCGCAACUUCUACCGGCAGGUCGCGUCGCCACUCCUCUCCAGCGUCAACUUCACGUACGGGGAUGGACAGGUGGAGGAGGAGACCCUGACGCGGACAAGGUUCCCGACGCUGUUCCGCGGCAGCGAGCUGGUGGUGUCUGGUAGACUGCAGCCUGCAGCGCCACUGCUGGAGCCCGUGGUGGAGGGGGAGGGCCGCCAGCGCUACAGGUCACCUGCCAGGCUGGAGAAGGCCUCCUCUGGGGAGCGCCUCUGGGCCUUCCUCACUGUGCGGCAGCUGCUGGACAUGGACGCCGCCAGCCCCAACCAGACACUCAAGGACAGGGCCAAGGAAGUCGCUCUGAAGUACUCCUUUGUGACACCCGUCACGUCACUGGUGGUGGUGAAACCUAACGACACUUCCGCUGUGGACCUGCAACGCGCUGGUGGAAGCCAGAGAGACUACUUCCCCAGCGGGACGCUGUCCACACUGUCGGCAGGCCAGAUCCAAGCCGGGGUGGUGUCCUUACCAUUGACAGGAUACCUUCAAAGCUUACCGCUGUUCUUAGCGUCAUCAGCGUUUCCCAUGCCUUUGGAUCCAUCCCAAUCUGCGUGCUGCCCCACUGCUGUGGCGAGUCCUAAGCAACCAAACGUGCAUUUCGGCCCACACAACACCACAACGUUUCAUUCUGAUGCUGCUGCGUCUUCUGCCGGACAAGCGCAGACGCUGCGCAUAUCGGAGAUCACGUGGCUAGGCAGUGUCUCGAAUGCCUCACACAUCACACUCGAAGUAAACGGCACUGCACUGACCUACGAACUGGCCUUCAACAAGGUAAGGAAGUAG